AUCAACAAUAGAAAUGAUAUAAAACCCAAAACCCAAUCAUAGGAAUUUUCGAAAUACAAACACGGAUUGAGUUUCUUCCAUUCUCUGCUUCAACACAACACAACAUCUUUUCUGAAAAAACACACAACACAGAACAACGCAAGAUGGUGUCAUCUCAGGUGGUGAACACAUACCCGCUGUCCAGCUACACCUUCGGUACCAAGGAACCCAAGAUGGAGAAGGACACAUCUGUCGCUGAUCGUCUCGCUCGCAUGAAAGUCAACUAUAUGAAAGAAGGAAUGAGGACCAGCGUGGAAGGAAUUUUACUGGUACAAGAACACAAUCAUCCACAUAUACUUCUUCUGCAAAUUGGAAACACAUUCUGCAAACUCCCAGGUGGUCGUCUCAAGCCAGGAGAAAAUGAAAUCGAGGGCUUGAAGAGAAAGUUGACUAGCAAGCUUGGUGCUAAUUCAGCAGCUCUUGUGCCUGACUGGCAGAUAGGUGAGUGUGUGGCAAUCUGGUGGAGGCCAAAUUUUGAAACCAUUAUGUAUCCAUACUGCCCUCCUCAUAUAACAAAACCCAAGGAGUGCAAGAAGCUUUUCCUUGUUCACUUAUCUGAGAGGGAAUACUUUGCUGUGCCCAAAAACCUAAAACUGCUUGCUGUUCCAUUGUUUGAACUCUAUGACAAUGUUCAGAGAUAUGGGCCAGUUAUAUCCACCAUUCCUCAGCAGCUUUCCAGAUUCCAGUUUAAAAUGAUCACUAACUGAACGUAAAUUAGAAGCUUCCAUCAUUAUAAAAUACUACUUCCAUUCGUUUUUUUUUUU